AUACGUUUUUAGCUAACUACCCGAUACCGACGGCUCUCAGAAAAAUUAUUAAUUAAACGUAAUUAAAGUGUUUAAAACCAUAUAAAAAUAUUAAAAAAGUGUGUAUAAAUGAACAAUAUAGCAAUUAAUAAAUAAUUCAACGCUGAAUAUACGCAUAAAGUACGCAAAUUUUGCAAUUGAAAAGCAGCAACGAAAAUUAUAAAAAAAUUUUCGCUUGCCUCGCGUCGUCUUCAGCAUAGUUAAGCAUUGGUAUUAGUGAGCAGGCACACGUAUAGAGCGUGUGUGUGCGAGAGCGAAAUAGGUGCUCCGCUGGCAGUGAGCAGCGAGCGAGUUUUGUGUGUUUGUUCCAGUGUGUACAUGCCAUAUGAAUAUCGACGUAAGCAAAGGACCAACUAGAGCUUUGUAUUGAGUUAUGAGUGUCGCUGCAAUGACUAUGGACGAUCAGAGACCUUUGAUGAACAGUUACGAUAAAAUGUCUACAAAAUAUGAUCAAAAUUUGCACAUGAUCAACAGUAGCAACAGCAGCAGCAUCAGCGGCAAUAGCAACAGCGGCGCCGGCAGCGGGGCCGCUGGUGGUGGUGUUGGUGGGGGUGGCGCUGCUAUUGGCGCUGUUAUUAGUAGUGGCCCAUCAGGCCCUGCAUCGCCGACGCCGUCUGGCUUUGAGGAGCAGCCGCAGGCGCAGCAACAGCAGCAGCAGCAGCCGCAUCAUCAUCAUCACCAUCAUCAUCAUCAUCAUUCGACAUCAACGCAAGUGCAACAAACAGCGGAGCAACAACAGAAUCGACACCACCAUCACCAACAACAAGAACAACAACAACAACAGCAACAACACCAGCAGCAACAGCAACAGCAGCAACAUCAUGAAGCCGCUGUUGCCGAAGCUGCCGCCGCAGCCGAACAGCGACGUUUGCUCGAAGAUGAAAUCGAGAGCCUCAAGUUGGAGCAGACACGUAUGGGACUGCAAUGCGCCGACGCACAGCGACGCGAAAAGAUCCUCAUGCGGCGCUUGGCUAAUAAGGAACAAGAGUUUCAGGAUUAUGUGAGUCAAAUUGCUGAGUACAAGGCACAGCAGGCGCCUACUGCCUUGGCUUUGCGUACAGCUUUACUUGAUCCGGCAGUAAAUUUGUUAUUUGAGCGUCUCAAGAAGGAGUUAAAGGCCACCAAGGCAAAGCUUGAGGAGACACAAAAUGAGCUUUCUGCUUGGAAAUUUACACCAGACUCAAAUACGGGAAAACGACUCAUGGCCAAGUGCCGACUGUUGUAUCAGGAAAACGAAGAGCUGGGUAAGAUGACAUCUAAUGGGCGGCUGGCAAAGCUGGAGACUGAGUUGGCAAUGCAAAAAAACUUUAGCGAGGAGGUCAAGAAAUCGCAAUCAGAGCUCGAUGAUUUUCUGCAAGAGCUUGAUGAGGAUGUGGAGGGCAUGCAGAGCACAAUAUUAUUUUUGCAACAGGAAUUGAAGACAACGCGUGAUCGCAUACAAACGCUGGAAAAGGAAAACACGCAGCUUCGACAAAUGAACAGCGGUAAUUGUCCAAAGGAAGUUAUCGACAAUGCGUCAACAACCGCGACAAAUGGUCAAAGCAGUAAUAACAAUAGCCAGUUUCAACAGCCCAUCGGCAGUGGCACCGGCAGCAAAUUGGAAACCAUUGAGGAAAAUGCUUGCUUGGACACAAAUCUAACAAUAACAACGACACUUACUGCUGAUUAUUAUAAUGGCAACAACAACGAACAACAGACUGUGGCUCCAGAGCUAAUCAUGCCCCCCGACGAUGCCACCAAUAGUAAUGGUGGCAAAAGUGUAGCUGCGUCGCGAUUGGCGCGUAAACGUAACUAUGAAGAGGAGAGCGCCACAUUGUCAUGUGUACAAGAGACCACACCGUUGGUGCCGGCGAUGCGUGAGGUUAGCGCACCCCGCACGCUCCCACCGAAGAAAUCGAAGCUGCGUGGCAUAGCAACACGACGAAGCUCACAGCUGGAUGAGGAGCAAAGCCUGGGCAUGAUGACGCCAACGCCGACGUCAACGCCUCUGGUGCUGGACAAUGCAGUAGCUGGCAUGGCCAGCGAAGAGUCCGCAGCAACAACGACGGUAGCAAAUGUUAUAGAAUCCGCAGUACCACUCAUUGCGGAAGGCACCGCUGAAGCGGCACCUGCACGCAUUUUAACGCGACGUCGAUCGGUGCGUAUGCAACAAAACGGUGGCAGUAGCAUCGACUACUGAAUCCACAUCGGAAGCAAAAGCGGGAGCGGCAACGGACUUUUAAAAAGAGCGUGCUAAUAUUGCAUUAUGGCAUCUGAUGAUUCAAUUGAAUAUGAUUUUGUCGUAUGUCUGCUUAUGCCUAAUGGUAAUCGUUAAUUCUUAACGUUUAUUUUGUGAAUUGAGAUUCAAUAGAGACU